UUUUAAAAAAAAACACGCAGUCACACACUAGCGUUGGUGAGACGAGAGAGUGCGAGAUGAUGACAGAGCUUCGCAAAUCCACCAGAGUUCGCGUUCUGGAAUUCCUAAUCCACUGCGCUCAUGAGCUUGAAGUUUCUCCGAUGGUGAAAUACUCGGCGCUAUCGCUCUUUGCCGAGCGAUUUUAUCCGUCCAUCUCUGGAUUAUUGGAGAAUAAGGCAACAGAACACUGGCUGUUACACCCCAUGACUGAAGGCAACUUACAGCUGUUUGCCCUUUCUGCAUUAUGGAUCUCAAGCAAAAUGCAUGAUUCUCCUCCACUGUCCGUCAAACACUGUAAGAAUUUAGCCAAUAAGUAUAUUCGGGAGCAGCAUUUUACUCUAAGAGAUCUCCUGGAAUCUGUUUCUGAGUUCAGGAUUGGUACGCUGAAUAUUGCUUUUGUUUUUCUGGAAGAACUUCUUGUUCAGCUGAGAGAAGUUGCCCAAGUCGGAGAACACGUAAGGCUUGAGACUUGUAUGGAUAUUUUUGACUUACUCUAUGAAGAGGAGGAGAAAAUGAUUCUAUACAAUUCUCCCUUCUCUUUGGCUGCAUCUCUGUUGGUUGUUGCUUAUGUGGUUACUGUUCCAAAACGAAAGUGGGAGUUUCCUAUUCUUCCUUGGGUGAAAUUUGUAACAGGAUGCAAAGAAGAAGACAUCUUGACUUGCGUCGAAGAUAUACUGAAGCAUGUGGUUUGCAAUGUCAACAUGACUAGUACGUAGUACAGAGUAAAUACAAGUUGUUCAACUGGUACAAUGUAGAAGGAAUUGCUUUUGCAUAAUCUCUUACCAAACCCGUUUUUGGUCUUAAUAAUAAUGAUAAUUUGAUGGAGGUUAGUAAGAGACUAACACCAUUUCGUCAAGGUUUUGUUGUUUGGCUUUAGGCUCCAUCAUAUUCAUUGUGUCGGCAGAUUAUUAUUUUUAAGCUCAUCAACCCCACAUAAUGAGAG